AUGAGUGACGACGCUACCCGCGCUGAGGUGGCAGCCAAAUUGCGUGCCGCCCAGCUCAAGACCGUCGCGGUGGGAGGCCGCAAAUUGCUGCGAUGGGACGCUACUCGCUGGAAGAAAUUUGAGCGUACGCCACAGUACACGACGCGCAUUAAGAGUGCACCCAUUCUACCCAUUCGUGCGCCGCUCUCGUCCAUCUAUGAGAUUCAUUUAUCGGCUAGAAAGAGCUAUACACCGUCAUCACUGAUGGAGAAACUUAUUGCAGACACACGCUCCGGCUCUGUCGUGAAUGUGGGACUUGUAAUAGAUGCUACAGGCAGUGAUAUCUUCCUCCAUGAUGUCAAAGAGUGGGAAGACUGGGACGUCCAGUACGUCAAGUUGCACGUUGAUACGAUUGGAGAGAAAGAAGAGGAUCGUGAUGUUUCUAACGGCAAAAUGGCUGAAGCUUUUUGCAAGGCAGUGGAAUGUCACUUGGAGGGAGAGAGGAAAGACAUGGAUGUUGCUGUUUUCGGUGCUGAAGGCUACAACUUGGUGGGUUAUCUCGUUGUAAGCUUUUUGGUGGAAAAUUGCGGCUUGAAUCUCAACGCUGCAAUAGAAGAGUUUUCGGCGUCGACCCCGCCUGGAAUUUACUCAAGACAUUUUCUUGAGCGACUGUACCGCAAGUACUUUAGUACGCUGCCGUCUGAGUCGAUACAAUUAGCGGUUCCUGCCCCUCCACGAUGGGAAAACGAUGAAACACGUAAGCGGAAGAGUGAAGUUUUUGUUGGCAAUGAGGUUGUAACGGAAGAGGACCGGUCGAAAGCGUUUGUGCGGAUGAAAAAGGCUGUAGUGCCUAUUGCUUUACCUGCAAAUGAUUUGCCAGCGAGCAAUGGGCGGGCAACUACGACUAGCGGUCUUCCCACUGCACCGGUGUAUAAAGCACCCAUGUAUAUCCCGCCGGAUCGCCAGGAGCAGCGUCCCACGAAACGCAGGAAAAUUCGUUCGUGGGUGGACGAUGUAAAGCCUCUGGCGUACGGUGAGACGCUUGCAACUUCAUCAGAAGAGCACCAGAAAUUGGUCAAAUCUCUGGAAAAGCUUACGGGCAUUGACGGAUUUCCUGGAUGCGAGACUAUUCCCUUUACAGCGACACACGUGGCAGAAGGAGCUUAUAAGCGAAAAGGUGGCUUGACUAAGGCUUACCUCGUUACUUGGCGAGCACGGGGUCGUCGCUGUCUUCUUUUUGUUAGUGCUGACGGAACCUACGUCGUGUCACGCAACAUGACCUUUACGAAAGUCAAUAUGAAGUUUCCGCGACGAAGGACGCCGAGCGAGUUUCAGGUGAAUACGCUGAUUGACGGACUUAUCGUGGAAGAUCAAGACCACGACACGAGGGUGGCCCGAUAUCUGGCAUUUGACGUCCUCUUUUUGGAGGGCACGCCCAUUUGGCAGAAGAAAUUGGAGAAACGAUUGCAGUGCUUACAGAACGAGAUCAUUGUGCCGCGCAAAAAUGACAAGUCAAUCGAUUACAUGAAGGAACCUUUUCGUGUGCGUAUGAAGGACCACUUUCGUCUGGAUAAGACUGAGUAUAUGCUGACAAAGUUCGCGAAGAGCGUGACCCACGAGGUGGACGGUGUCAUCUACACCCCUACGGAGGCUCCGUACAAUCUUGGCGGCUUCGAGUGCGAAGAGCCGAUUUUCAAGUUCGUUGCUAGCGAAGGCGGAGGCAUUCCUGGUCUGGAUGGAAGUAUCUCAGAGCACCGACUUCUCCAGUACAUCGAUUCUAUGCCGAAAUGA